GCUGAGUUAAAGACUGAGUAACACACCACACCAAAUAAUAUCAAAGUUCUAACAUGGCAACUCAACAGGAGAACCUUUCCUCCAAAUCUUUCAAAUGGUUUUCCACAAAAACCCUAAAGCUAAACCUAAGUUUCCAAAACCGACGAGGAUCAUCAAAAUCCAAUUCUUCCUCAACCUUAAACUCCCCAAGAAGCAACAUCGAUGUCAACAGCAACGCAAAGAGUCAUCACCUCUCCGACGUCGAGCUCCGUCGAGUCUUCAGCCAUUUCGACGUUGACGGUGACGGUAAGAUCUCAGCCUUUGAGCUCAGAGACUACUUCGGAUCCGUCGGUGAGUAUAUAUCUCACGAGGCAGCUCAAGAGGCGAUAAACGAAGUCGACACCGACGCAGACGGAUCUUUAGGGUUUGAAGAUUUUCUUGGAUUGAUGACAAGAAGAGAUCUUGACGGUAACGGUGACGGUGACGGCGGCGGAGAGUUGAAGACGGCGUUUGAGAUGUUCGAGGUGGAGAAAGGAUCAGGCUGCAUAACGCCAAAGGGUUUGCAAAAGAUGCUUGCGAAGUUGGGGGAAUCAAGAACGCACGGAGAGUGUCAAGCAAUGAUAAAGUUUUACGAUAUUGAUGGUAAUGGAGUUCUUGAUUUUCAUGAGUUUCGGCAAAUGAUGACCGUUUAAUUAAAUUAAUUUAUAUAUUUAUUUCAUAAUUACCCUGGUUUUUACUCGAAAUGCUUAUGAAGUGUAUAUGUGUGUGUGUGUGUGACUGGUGUGUGUAUAUUUGUCUUGAAAUAUUUUUGUGAAAAAAUAAAUUUAUGAAUGAUCAAUUUUAAAGCUUUGACGUAAGUUCACGGCUAAGAUAUC